AUGCACCCCCUACUAAUCUCCCUCCUCCGCCUCAUCUACCCCAUCAACCUCCCCACCAAAACCCGCGAUCGCCCCCUCCAAGUCCUCGCCUUAGGAAUUUCUCGCUCAGCUACAGAUUCUCUCCGUCAAGCACUCCUCCACCUCGGCUACAUCAAUUGCUACCAUGGUUUCGAUUAUGUGAACGCUUCCAAUCACUCUAUCCAAUGGAUUCGACUUGGAUGGGCGCAAGAGAAUUCUGCCCCCCUUACUAUUUCUCGCGAAGAAUUUGAUAGAGUCCUCGGUGAUUGUGCCGCCGUCACAGAUUUCCCCUGCGGUGGAUUCGCCGAGGAACUUUUGGAGCUAUACCCUUCUGCGCAGGUUAUAUUGAAUUAUCGCGAUGAUGUGGAUGCGUGGGCGCACAGCGUGGCGAAUACUCUUGAAGUGGUGGUGAAGGGCCAGGAGUGGGAAGAGUGGUUUUUGACGUUUUUUCAGUCGAAUUUGUUUUGGAGACAACGCAGCCUUUAUUGGGUGUGGUCGAGAUUUUUUGAUGGGGAUUUUGAAGCCGCGGGGAAGGAGUGGUAUCGGAGGCAUUAUGGGACGCUGGAGGAGAGGUUGAGGGGGAGUGGGAGGCGGUUUUUGAGGUGGAAGGUGGAGGAUGGGUGGAAACCUCUCUGCGAUUUCUUGGAAAAACCUAUUCCAGAAUGUGAUUUCCCCCGUGGAAAUGGGGCUGAAGAGUUUUUUACACGAUUCGCUGCUGUCGAAGCAGCUCGUCGAGCGCAAGCGAGGCGGAAUAUGAAAGUCGUGGGUUUGAUUGCUUCUUCUCUUUUGAGCGCUGGCGUUGCAUUCAUGAUAUUACGCAAUAAGAAGUAA